GCACCAGGAUUGAUACCAAGAAUAUGUCAGGGUCUGUAUGCACGAAUGGAAUCAAGUGGUGAUGAUAAGACUGAAUUUAGGACUGAAGUUAGUUAUCUUGAAAUUUAUAAUGAGAGAGUUGGUGAUCUCCUUCGACCAGCCAAAGGAAGAGAGAAAUUUAAUCUCAAAGUGAGAGAGCAUCCCAAGGAAGGUCCUUAUGUACAAGAUUUGACAAAACAUGUUGUGAAAGAUUAUGAGGGAAUAGGAAAUCUGAUGGAAGAAGGAAACACAAACAGGACUGUUGCUUCUACAAACAUGAAUGAUGUCAGCAGUAGAUCACAUGCAAUAUUCACUAUUCUGUUCACACAGGCCAAGUUCUAUACAGACAUGCCUAGUGAAACUGUCAGUAAAAUUCAUUUAGUUGACUUGGCAGGAAGGUUAGUAACUCUGAUGACCAAUUCUAUAUCACCAGCUGAUGUGAACUAUUCAGAGACUCUAAGCACCUUACGUUAUGCCAACAGAGCUAAGAAUAUCAUCAAUAAACCAACAGUCAAUGAGGAUCCUAAUGUGAGACUGAUCAGGGAACUGAGGGCUGAGAUAGACAGACUCAAAGUGCUCCUGCAGGCUCACGGACAGGAUGGAGUUGGUGAGCUUGGCGCGGCAGAGGAGUCGCAAAUGACCGAGAAACUGCACGAGAACGAGGCGCGAGUUGAAGAACUCACGAAAAACUGGACCAGCAAAUGGCGGGAAACACAGAAAAUUAUUGAGUGUUAUCAGGACCUGGUAUUGAAGCUGAACAUUGUAUCAUGGAGAGUAUUGAAGGCACAGUUAUUCUUCAUCCACUCGCCUCCCUGUGCCAAGUGAAUGGGCUUCCUGUGGGCAAGUCACAACGGAUUAGUCAGGGAGAUGUGAUUUUACUUGG